AUGAAAAGUAAUGUAUUUGUUGGAGUGAAGGGGAAUGGUCUUGUGGAGAGUGAUAUUUAUCAGGAUAAAUAUGAUUAUAUGUUGGUUUCCAUAACCAAUAUUCGGUAUCGGGACUCUGUAAAGAAACAAUAUGGCAAACUUAAGUCUGGUGUUCUGCAAGAUUUGCAUAUUGAUGCGCCGCAGUUGCAAGAUCUUGGUGUGCCGGCGCUGAAGGCGUCAGAAAAUGGAGUUGGGUUUAUUGGGCUGAUAUCUUCGUGGUUGGAGUUAGAAAGUCCAAAUCCUGAUGCUGGUGAAAUGAGUUAUCAAGUGUUACGUUAUGAGUUUGAGUAUGCUAGAAGUUACGGGAUAAAGCAGGUGAUUUUGGCCCCGCCGCGGAAUCUGGGGAAUCUGAACUUUUAUGUUCAGAAGAUUGCGCGGCUGCUGUACAGCAUUCAAAAUGACAGGCCCACAACACGGCUGCCUUUGUUAUCAAUUUCUUUGCCUUUAUUUGAGGAUACUGAUCCUCUAUCAACUUGGGAGCUGUGGAACACCAUUCGCAAACAAUGUAAGUAUCACCCUUUGCUGACCAUUACUUUGGCACUUCCUCGGUGUAGAACGCCUAGCUAUGUGCUAAAUCGGUGGCUUGCGGAACCAGUUUCCUGUUUGUUAGUCUCUUCUUCUAUCUUUGCGACAAAUCAAUACAAUUAUCCAGUGUUGAAUAAGUUUAACCAGGAACUAAUUACAAAGUUCCAGAAGAUUAAUGGCGAUGCCGAAAGUAAUUUAGGUGAAUUAACUGUUAUUUUACACGGGCUAGAAAAGCAUGUUGAUAAGAUCAGAGGUGGCGAGGCUAUAUAUUUGGAAUAUAUCAACUAUCUAUUAAAAAAAGGUGAUAAAAUGAUAAUUCCUCAACAUGCGGAUUCUUUUUGGGAUAAGUUUCCUAGAAUUAUGUCACCGCUACAACCUAACUUUGAUAAUUUGUCGAACGAAGUAUAUCAAACUUUUGAAAAGGACAAAAAGAAGUAUGAUUUAUAUGAGAUGGCAAUUAAUCAAGCGUUGCAGUAUAUUGUGCAGGAGCAGAACAAAAAAUGGAUGCGUGAAAGCUUAACUAUACUUGUAGCUGGCGCAGGAAGGGGACCUCUUGUUGGGAAGGCCUUUGAAUGCUUAAAAAAAAUGAGCAUCACAAAUUUCAAGCUGAUUGCCUUAGAGAAGAAUCCGCAAGCGUUACUUUAUUUACAGAAAAAGAACUUUGAAAACUGGGCUAAUUCAGUUGAUAUUGUACCAGUUAAUAUGCGUAAGUGGGACUCCUCAGUUAAGGUCGACCUAUGUAUCAGUGAAUUACUUGGGUCUUUUGGAUGUAACGAGCUAUCGCCAGAAUGUCUAGAAGCAUUGCAGCAGAGGAACUGCCAUGCUAAAACGAUAUUCAUUCCGCAGUCAUACACUUCAUAUGUCGCUCCAGUUUCUUCCCCUCUAUUGUACCAAAAAUUGAGAGAACAAGGUGCUAGCGCCUUACAGUCACCGUGGAUUGUUCACAAUAUUCCGUAUUGUAUAUUAUCAAAUAAGAUUAAUGAACUAUGGACGUUCGAGCACCCCAGUAAAGAACCGACUACCACAAGAUCUGCGAUUACCCACUUGAAAAUAAAGCACAAAGGGGAGCUUCACGGUAUUAUCGGGUUCUUCACUGCACAGCUGUAUAAGAAUAUUCAGUUAUCUAUACUCCCUGAUGAUAGUACUGUUAGACUUCAUGAGCCACCGUUAACCGAAGAUGACACUGGGGUUCAUCUAGGAAUUUACAAGAAAAUUAAUCACACAGUUAACAUGGCAUCGUGGUCUCCUAUAUUCUUUCCUUUAUCGCAGCCCCUUUAUAUUAGUGAUGAUACUGAAUUAGAACUUUCAAUGGCGCGUAAUAAGGAUUGUAGCAGAGUUUGGUAUGAGUGGUCAGUGAACAGCUAUGUUUAUAUCGUUGUUACGGAUGAUGGCAAACCUACAAGUGCACCCUGUAACAGCUUAAAAAAUUCUGCCUCAAGAAGAAAGUUUGUCAAAAAAGCAUCCGGUCCCUUCCCUAGUGGCAAGAAAAGUGAUGAAGUUAAUAAAGCCUUUGCCAAUUUCCAACUUUCUCCCCAAGUUUUGCCUUCUAGUGAUAUAGAGGAUUCUACUGAAAGUUUAACUGAAUCCAAUGUUGAUGAUAAUGUUGAUACAACCGAACUGUUUGAAAGGACUUUUACUGGUAAAAGCGAAUUCAUAUCACCUGAAUUAAGUGGUUGGAAAAGUAUCUGUGAUAUCCACGGUUUAGGUAAUGCUAUUCCCUACCUGUUUGAAAAUGAUGAGCCUAUACUUGAAGAUCAGGAAGAUAAAGAACAAUCACAUUAUGAAGAAUAUCGUGCGAGAGUCAGAACUAACGUAACUGAAUUACACAAUUUAGGUGGUGAAGCUCACUCCAUAAAAAUUUAA